AUAGGAGGAUUAACAUCGUCGAGACAAGAGCGGCACAAUGAGGGGCACUCACAGGCCCGCUCCAAGAGCGGCCGUCUGGUCUAUCCCGGAAAAGCACCGUCGCACCAGGCACGCCCGCCUCGAUGGCCUCGAAACCAUCCCCACCACCACAGUCUGAGUGCAGCAUUGCGACAAGAUGACGCCCACGCUCUAUUGGCUGAGCCUUUUCACGCUUACAAUGCGAACCGUUGGUUUAGCCACACGGUACGGCCGAGAUCAUCCCCUCAUCUGUGA